CAAAAACGGAUUCUGGAAUCGAUCUACGGACUCAUAUUCCUAAGAUUUUACGCACUUCUAGUCGACAAUACGGAUUGUUUGUCAUUACGUCGGGAUUAGCCCGGAGGUCGAUCCCAGGCAAAGGAUCAUUCGGUGAAGUAUUUAAAGGGUUCGAUAAAAGGACUAAAAUACCUGUGGCUAUCAAGAUCAUAGAUCUUGAACAUGCCGAAGAUGAGAUUGAAGAUAUUCAGCAAGAAAUAGCCAUUCUUUCACAAUUGGAUUCUCAGUAUGUGACUAGAUAUUAUGGUUCAUUCCUUAAGGGAUCUCAUUUAUGGAUUGUCAUGGAAUAUUGUUCGGGAGGGUCUUGCUCUGAUUUAAUGAAGCCCGGUGUUUUUAGAGAAGAGUACAUAGCAAUUAUAUUGCGAGAGCUAUUAAAAGGAUUGGACUAUCUGCAUGCUGAGCACAAACUUCACAGAGUGAAAUUAGCAGAUUUUGGUGUUUCUGGACAGAUUACAGCAACUAUAACGAAGAAGAAUACUUUUGUCGGAACACCGUUUUGGAUGGCGCCAGAAGUCAUUAAACAAUCAGGAUAUGACUUUAAAGCAGAUAUUUGGUCCUUAGGGAUAACCGCAAUCGAGCUUGCUAAAGGUGAACCUCCUUACUCGGAUCUUCAUCCGAUGAAAGUUCUCUUUCUUAUCCCUAAAAAUCCACCACCAUCCUUGGAUGGAGCAUAUUCUAGAUCAUUCAAGGAAUUCAUUUCACUGUGUUUGGACAAAGAUCCGGUGAAACGACCAUCGGCAAAAGAAUUACUCAAGCACAAAUUUAUCAGAAAUGCAAAGAAAACAUCAUAUUUAACAGAAUUAAUUGAACGACAUCAAAAAUGGUUGGCGGAAGGGGGUGGCCAGCAAGAGUCUGAUGAAUCGGAUCACUCUGAGAACGGUGAUGAUGGAGAGGAUGCAGCUGGUUCCGAUUUUGACACAGUCAAACAUGUUGAUAUGUCAAAGGUCGAAGAUUUAUACUCAAAUAACAAUGAAAAGAAUGAAGAGCCUGUAACUGGACCGGCAGUUUUCAAAAAAGUCAUCGUACCUUCAUUAGAUAAAUUGCGUAUGAAUGCACCAUCCAAAAAGUCUCAGCUCACAUUAGAUGUCUUGAAAAAGGCUUUCGAGGAUGCUGAAAUGGAAAAUCCUGGUAUAUCUGAAACACUGAUGCAUGCUGUUUUUCAGAAAUUCGACGAAGUUAAUCCUUGA